AGACUUCACCAAGCUGUGCGUGUGGGUGCAUGCGUGGACAGUUGGGCGUGGCUGCUCCAUAUUUGUCAGAGGGCUGGUCACAUGGGCAACCGGUAUCCAAGCACUCAGAGUGAAACAGAGAAUUUCUCUCAGAUAAGCCAUCGCACAGGACAAGAAGGAGUUGCUUCCUGGAGGAAGAAAAAAAGACAGUAAACAGAACGAGUAAGACAGAGCGAGCGAGUGAGUGAGAGAGGGGGGAGAGAGAGAGAGGGAGAGAGAAACAGAUAAGGAGUAGGAGACGCACUUGGUGAGAAGCACAUGCUGUAAAAAUGCCCACAAACUUCACGGUGGUCCCCGUGGGUGACGGCAGGAAUUCGCCUCAGGAAAACAGCAUUGAUGACAACAUCCUGAGGGAGGAAGAUGAAGACGUUGCAGGUGAUGGAAACCCCAAGGAAAGCAGUCCCUUCAUCAACUCGGACAAUGACAAGGGGAGCCUAUACGAUGGCAAAAACAUGGCACUGUUUGAGGAAGAGAUGGACAGCAACCCAAUGGUCUCCUCGCUUCUCAGCAAACUGGCCAAUUACACCAACCUUACACAGGGGGUUCGGGAACAUGAGGAGGCAGAUGAGGAGGAGAAUGCAAAGAAGAAAACCGUCAAAACAAGACCACAGAUGGGAACGUUCAUGGGCGUCUACCUGCCCUGCCUUCAGAAUAUCCUGGGGGUCAUCCUGUUUCUGCGAAUGACCUGGAUCGUUGGAACUGCAGGCAUUCUGGAGGCCUUUAUCAUCGUAUCCAUGUGCUGCUGUUGUACAAUGCUCACAGCCAUAUCUAUGAGUGCCAUUGCUACAAACGGAGUAGUUCCAGCCGGUGGAUCCUAUUACAUGAUCUCUAGGUCUCUGGGCCCAGAGUUUGGAGGAGCUGUAGGAUUGUGUUUUUAUUUGGGUACCACAUUUGCUGGAGCCAUGUACAUCCUUGGUACUAUUGAGAUCCUUUUGACCUACAUAGUGCCCAGUGCCGCCAUCUUUAAGGCAGAGGAGAAGGAGUUUGAAGCACAGGCCAUGUUGAACAACAUGCGAGUGUACGGCACCUGCUGCCUCGCCCUGAUGGCACUGGUGGUGUUUGUGGGAGUGAAGUAUGUCAACAAGCUAGCGCUGGUCUUCCUGGCUUGUGUCAUUCUCUCUAUUCUGGCCAUCUAUGCUGGAGUCAUCAAGACCAUCUUCGAACCACCAGUCUUUCCGGUCUGCUUGCUGGGAAACCGCACACUCCAAAACCAAGACUUUAACAAGUGUUUAAAGACGGAGAUCAUCAACAACAUUACUGUGACUACAAAGCUGUGGUCUCUCUUCUGUGACUCCCCUCAUCUCAAUGCGUCCUGUGACGAGUAUUUCAUAAAAAACAAUGUCACAGAAGUGCAGGGUAUUCCUGGCCUCACCAGUGGCGCCAUCUCAGAGAACAUGUGGUCGAGCUACGGCCCUGCUGGAGUGCUGGUGGAGAAAAAGAUAGAGUCAGUGCCACCGUCCGAAUUGACCCAUGACACCUCCUUUCCCUAUGUACUCAACGACAUGGCCACCUACUUCACUCUACUGGUGGGCAUCUAUUUUCCUUCAGUCACUGGUAUCAUGGCUGGAUCCAACCGCUCUGGAGAUUUGCGGGAUGCACAGAGGUCCAUUCCCAUAGGAACCAUUCUUGCCAUAGCAACUACUACCUUCAUCUACCUCUCUUGUGUAGUGCUCUUCGGUGCCUGCAUUGAAGGAGUGGUCCUUCGAGACAAGUUCGGAGACUCGGUGAAGAAGAACUUAGUGAUUGGUACUUUAUCGUGGCCCUCUCCGUGGGUGAUUGUGAUUGGCUCGUUCUUCUCCUGCUGUGGGGCCGGUCUACAGAGUCUCACCGGCGCCCCUCGGCUGCUGCAGGCCAUCGCACGGGAUGGCAUUGUACCUUUCUUGGAGGUGUUUGGCCAAGGAAAAGCAAAUGGGGAACCCACAUGGGCUCUGCUGCUUACUGCUGGAAUCUGUGAAAUCGGCAUUCUCAUUGCCUCACUGGAUGCUGUGGCUCCCAUCUUGUCCAUGUUCUUCUUGAUGUGCUAUCUGUUUGUGAACCUGGCCUGUGCUCUUCAGACCCUCCUUCGCACUCCCAACUGGCGCCCUCGCUUUAAGUAUUAUCACUGGACACUGUCUUUCCUAGGAAUGAGCCUGUGUCUUGCCCUGAUGUUUAUUUCCUCUUGGUACUAUGCCCUGGUAGCCAUGGUCAUCGCUGGCUGUAUCUACAAAUACAUUGAGUACAGAGGAGCUGAGAAGGAGUGGGGUGAUGGCAUCCGGGGACUGUCGCUCAAUGCGGCUCGUUACGCUCUCAUUCGGCUGGAGGAAGCGCCGCCACACACUAAAAACUGGAGGCCUCAGCUGCUGGUGCUGGUGAAACUAGACUCGGAGUUGAAAGUGAAGCACCCUCGUCUUCUCUCUUUAACCACACAGCUGAAGGCAGGUAAAGGGCUCACCAUUGUGGGCUCUGUGCUGGAAGGUACAUACCUGACCAAGGAUACAGAAGCCAAGAAAGCUGAGCAAAACAUUAAAGUAGCCAUGACUGCAGAAAAGACCAAGGGCUUCUGUCACGUGGUUGUGACAUCCAACCUGCGUGAUGGCAUCUCACACCUAAUCCAGUCAGCCGGGCUCGGGGGCAUGAAGCACAACACGGUGCUGAUGGCAUGGCCGAGCUCCUGGAAACAGUCCAAUGACACUCUCUCAUGGAAGAACUUUAUCGAGACAGUGCGAGAGACCACAGCGGCUCAUCAGGCUUUGCUGGUAGCUAAGAAUGUGGACAAUUUUCCUCAGCAGGAGCGGCUACGAGAAGGCACCAUAGAUGUUUGGUGGGUGGUUCACGACGGAGGAAUGCUGAUGCUGCUGCCCUUCCUGCUCCGACAGCACAAGGUGUGGAGGAAGUGCAAGAUGCGCAUCUUCACCGUAGCUCAGCUGGAUGAUAACAGUAUCCAAAUGAAGAAAGACCUUCAGAUGUUCUUGUACCAUCUUCGGCUGGAUGCUGAGGUAGAGGUUGUUGAAAUGCACGAUAGUGAUAUCUCAGCUUUCACCUAUGAGAAGACCCUUGUUAUGGAGCAGCGCUCCCAGAUGCUGAAGCAGAUGCAUCUAUCACGGACAGAGAGGGAGAGAGAGAUUCAGAGCAUCACUGACGAAUCUCGUAGCUCCAUUCGGAGGAAGAACCACACUCGGGCUCAGAGCUCGGGCUCAAGUAACCAAGGUGCCGCACUGGAAGACGAAAUGGAGAAUGAGGCACAGCUCAUUCACGAUAAGAACACAGCGUCCCAUGCUGCUAUUAACGCCAAAGCUGAGGCCACGCCUGACCGGGUUCACAUGACCUGGACCAAGGAGAAGUUCAUUGGGGAACGCAAUCGCAACCGGGAGCAAAACGCCAACAUGGCUGUGCGAGAUAUUUUCAACAUGAAACCAGAGUGGGAGAGUCUCAACCAGUCCAACGUGAGGCGCAUGCACACAGCCGUGAAGCUGAAUGAAGUGGUUCUGAACAAGUCCCAGGACGCUCAGCUGGUCCUUCUCAACAUGCCUGGGCCACCCAGGAACCGUGACGGAGAUGAGAAUUACAUGGAGUUCCUGGAGGUUUUGUUAGAAGGUCUCAACCGGGUCCUGUUGGUGCGAGGUGGUGGGCGAGAGGUUAUCACCAUCUACUCAUAACUGCCUUGCGGUCCCAGCUGUAUUUCAAUAGCAUUAAUGGUGAAACUGGGAUUGGGAUAGUGGCAUUCUGGAGGACUGGUGUUUCUGGAGAGACUGUGCAACUUUUGGCCUUGAAGAAAAAAAAAGGAGGCAGAUGAUCCUCCCCAGAGGAACCAGGGAAGGCCGAGGGACAACCAAGCACACCGAAACUAAUGGCACUCAUUUCCUUUUUGUGUUUGUUUUAUUUUGUGAUUUUUUUCCCCCUUUGCCCUUCCUUGUCUGUUUGUGUUCAGUGAAGGAUAUAUCAGUGAAUCCUGUAUGUGCUGAUCGUUAGCUUUUUCCGAAGGCGUCAAUUCUUCUAUCUGAAGUUCACAUAGGUCUGUUAAAACAGCUGUGUUUGAGCAUCUUUAAAUUGCUAAGCCAUUUUCUGUAGGUUUUACAGAGAUUUCGUUGGGACGGGUAGAACUAGUGUUACUGUUAAAUCUUAAUGUCCUGCUCGUGACGAGUGCUGUAAUAAUCUUCAGCUCGGUGGCACCGUUCACCACAGCAGCACUACAUGUAGUUAUGAUGAUGCCGGGCUAGCUGAUCUUCAGCCUUUACACCAUAGGUUUGUAAAAUUAGAUCAGAUCACAAAGCAGGUGGGGUUUUUUUGUGCUCUUUUUAUUAACACAUUGCAGUUACAGAUGUAGCAAUGAUCACACACACAGAGACUCUUUAGAGUGAUGCCAUUGAAGAAUUUCUGUUUCCCUGAAGAGCAGCUUAUCUUUUUUUUUAACUAUUUUAUUUGUUGACACUAAAAAUAAUACUAAUAAUAAUUUUCAGCAACUAAGAUGCUUUAAUAUAAUAGUAGCGUUUUUUUUCCAGACGUGGUUAAAAAUCCAUCAGUUUUCUUCCUAUGGCAUUAUUCUUAAGAACCUGUUGUCACCUUUGUCACACGUUUUUCUUAGCGUUCAUUAUAAAUCAAAUCACCGUAGUUCAUUAAUCCAACAUCAUUCUUUCAUAUUGUUUAGAUGUGGUUUGAUUCUUCAUGAACCUGUAUCAAGAAUUGCUCUGCACCAAGUUUAGAAAUGAGACAUUCUCAUAUUUUCAUCUAGUGAGUAUUUAUUUGUUUUAUGUUUAGGACUAGCUGUGGUGUGUUUGCCAAAGUGCGUGCAUGUUAUUCUUUUAUUGUUUAGCGAAUAUUAUUUACAUGGAUACAUGGUUCCUUCGUUACAUUUCUUGCAUAUCAUUCUCUAGCUGCUUAAGGGUUCAUUAUGUUGUAUUACUUGAGGUGGUAACUGGGUUGCAUCGAAAAGAGUUGCAGGAAAAUAGCCAUAACACUUUGCACACAAAAAAACUCGGACAAUCUUGAUUUUAGUCGAUUUGAAGUUAGCGGAAAUGCUUUCGAACAAGUCUCCCUUAGAGAGUAAAAUAAAUGUCAUCUAGUGGAUCGUAAUGUUUUAAACUGGCAGCAGAGUUACAACCAACGCCGUAUUCCUGUCUAUACAGUUGUAACUGCCUUGACAUCUGUACGAUAGUUCGACUUUUAUUUUUUUUAAUGAGAUGAACAGCUGCUAAAGUUUUAAAUGCUGAGCCACUUAAUGUUUUAGUGGUGACAAUCGUACAUACCGAGAAGGUAUAGGUAUUUCAAAUUCCAGGCUCCAGGUCAUAAUAGGUCAUGUAUACCGUAACAUAGAGUUGGAGUGAGCAUCACUAUAGUCCAUGUGCUCAUAUGUUUGGUUUUUUUGUUUGGUUGUUGUGUUGUUUUUUUCCAGCACCAGUUCAUUUUAAAUGUAAGAGCCAUAUUCAUAGGAAAUCCUGUUUUUGUUUAGAAAGCCUGACAAGCUGGUAUUGCAAAAAAGGAAAUACUGUCAUUUUAUGUUUUUAAGUUAAUGUCAUUGUCCUUUGUAUCAAAGUAUGAUUUGUGCCAAAAAAAACAUACAGGAAGGUGUUUUUGGUGUGUGUGUGUGUGUGCGCAUUGUAGUUAGGUGUAUUUACAGAGUCACGCACAGUAGAUAGAGAAAACGUGUUGUGUAAGAUGUCAACCGUUUAAAAAAAAUAUGUUUCUGUGAUUGCAUCUUCUAUGGCUUGAAUUGUUUUCUUGUCAGUGAGGUGGCCGAGAGCGUGAGUCUCGAUUCCCUAACAUCAUCCCUGCAGGUUUUUGUUAGUAUCCAAAGCCUGUGUGGUGAAUAAGGGAUACAUUACUGUAUAUAUUUGAACAGUUUCCUUUUGUUUGUUUGUUUGUUUUUUUAGUUGUGCAGUAUUUUGUAACCUGAACAUUGUAUUUUUCUACAGUGCAUGGUGAUAGAACUGGCCAUAGAAAGGGAAUCCCUAUAAAUGGACUUUGACGAAGGGGGACUCUCUUUCUGUGGAGUUGAACAUCCAUGUUUCUAUCCGUGUACUAGUUUACUUAGUCUUAUUGUGUUGUCUGUGGUCAUAGUCUCUGCACUUCAGUUAUGUUACUCUAAGUGUUAUGUUUAAUUUUAGUGAAAUAUGGAAAGAGCUAUAAGUGUGUAUGAGGUUUUUUGUUUUUUGUUUUUGUCUUUUUUUUCUCCCUUUUUCUGUCCCCUUAACCAAUUGGAACAUGACAUGCAAUGCUUUUCUGGUUCACUGGAAGAACUUUAUUAUGGGACCAGGACAAUAAAUGGCAAUGUUAAAACUGGUGUUUAGCAAAACAUUCACCUUCGCACCAACUAUUUGGUGUGUGAGAGAGGGUUUAGCUUUUUAAAAUGUCUACCAAGGUGAGACAGGAGCACAUAGAACUGAGCUGAACAGAAAUGAUGAUGAUGAUGAGGAGGAGGAGGAGGAGCUAAUAAGCCAUGGAACCAGUGACUGAUAGGAUUUACUGAAAUACUGCUACAAUAUACUGCUUGGUAAUGACACACAGCAUGGAGAGGUUAAUAAACCCAGCCUCAUUAGUUUCUUUAAAAAAUUUAAAACAGUUUGUGUUUGCUUUAGUCUGAUUCUAAUUGGAAGAAAAGAGAAUUGUGUGUGUGUGUGUGUGUGUGUGUGUGUGUGUGUUUGAGAGAGAGAGAGAAAGAGAGUGUAUACUGUAUGUGUAAUAUGUGGAUACAGUUGAAUAUGUAGCAGACAUUAAAAAUCCACAGGAAACCAUCUCAAAAUCAUUAAAUCCAAUUCAUUCUGAUCUGAAGAAGAAAAUCCUAUUCCGCUGUGAAGAACAGAUGGACACGCUCGACCAAAACCUGUACUAGCCUUGUGUAUAUUAUCUAAGAAAGGCACGGAUUGUAGCACAUGUGGAUGCACAGUAGUGGAAAGUAGCCCUUUAAAUUACAUUUGUGCCUCUGAAUAAUUUAAAUUAAAGUGCUGAAAUGUC